AUGAAGAUGCCCAGGAAGAAGAUCACAUUUAAGACACCUAGGAAAGGAACAAAGACACCUACAAAACAGGUAAUAUCUGAGGAAUUGCAAGAAAACACGGAAUUAGCAGAGCAGAAGUCAAGCGAAGGGAUAAAAAACACAGAAACUCAAAGGUCACAUAGUACAGCAUUACGAUACAAACAGAUUCUUGAAGAGAUGAAGGUGAAGGAAGAGGAGCUUAUAGGAAGUUAUAAAAAGGAGAAUGAGUAUUUAAGGUCGCUCAAGACCGAUGCUCUUCUCUACAAGAGGUUUGUUGGAUUUGACAUUGUUGAAUCUGAUGGGUCGUAUGAAGUGACGCAUGAGGUUGUAUCAAACAAUAUUACAAAGUCAAUCAGAUUUGUUCUGCUUCCUGAGGAUGGUGCAUAUGUGUACAAGCUCGUGGAGUCAAGAAACAUCGAAUUGCCCGACUUUCUUAGUGAAGAGAUAACAUUCGACGAGUGUCAAGUAAAAACAUUCUUCUUCAAGGUCAUGGAGGCCGUCAUCACGAAGAAAAGCUGA